UCAUUCCAUGUAAUCUUUUUGUGUAGGCGAAGGAAGCUGGGAUCUACACCCUGCGCCAGCUCUCUGCCUCCAUGGGAGUAGUACAGUUCAGUCUUCCUCACAUCUAUCCUAUCAUUCAAUACGAAGUAUAUUCUCAGGAACCUCAGCUCAAAGUAGAGCCAAUGACCGACAACCUCCUGGCAGGUAUUUCUCAACAAGUGAAGUUCACCAUCCAGACAGGCCAUUACUCUGUAAAGAAUGGAGACGCACUGCAGCUCAGUAUCACUGACACACUGCCAAUCCUGCACUCAGCCAGCAGCACUGCCACAGUCUCAACCAACAGUGGGGACAAAAUCUCUGAGGCUCCGUUAUCCAUCCAAUCAUCUGGAAAGAUUACCAGUAUCUCUCUGCCCCUGGCUGCUGCCUACCAUCAGAUUGAGUUUGAAUUGCGUGUCAUCUGUCACUUGCCGUCCACACUACCAACGCCCCCUGACUCUGAGAGACCCAGCACUGAGAUAAAAGCAGCUCGCAGAGGACUCGACAAAACUAAAUUGGAGAGCCCGUGUAUGACCUCUAUCGAGCAGAAGGUCAAUCAGAGGGAGAGGGCAACAGCUGGGCUGGAUUUGAGCGUCCAUUCCAACCCUGGUGUGAAAGACCCCAAGGAGAACCAGAUCUUGCUUAGGGAUGUGGGUGUCCAGGAUGGAGGCAAAGUCUUCUUUGAACUCAUCAAUGACAUCAAGG